CACCUUUUUCCACAUUUUUGCUUUGCGCUUUCAGCUUCCUUUCCCUCCUGUUUUGUCUCUCCACACGCACCCGUGCGGUGUUUCGAUCAACGACUGCUGCGGUGCGGUGCGGUGCGGUGCGGUGCGCUGCGCUGCAGACCAGACCAGAUCAGCACGGGCAGCUCACGCUCACGCUUGCUUCACGAUGAGACCUCACGGCCUGCCUGCUCGUCCAGCAGCAGCAUCAGGCAGCGGUACGGGCACGGGCACGGGCACGGGCAACGUCGCCGGAUCAUCGACUGCUCAAGCUUGGCAAAGCUCCAAGUCGACACUCGAUACCAACGCAACAGCGGGUCCGAGUCGACACUCGCUCGCUCGGCCGCACACCAUACAACAGCAGCAGCAUUCGACGCCUCAACAUCAGCAUAGAUCGACAGAGUACGAGAUGAGAAUGGGCUCGUGGGAGGGUGCUGGUGCUGGCUCUGGUGCUGGCGCUGGCUCUGGCUCUGGCUCUGGCGCUGGUGCUAAGCAGGCUUGGACGAGAAGCAACGAUGGCGCUGCAUCGCAUCCAUAUCAGCCCGCGCAAGCAUACGCUGCCGCUGCCGCUACUGCUACUGCUUCCCUCCCGCACGGACCUUCGCACUCGCACUCGCACUCCCACUCCCACUCCCACUCGCAGUCGGGCGCUCAGCAGACAAGUCGAUCGUCGUAUGGCUCCGCUUCGGGCAGCAGCAGCGCAUCCGCAUCCGCAUCCGCAUCCGCAUCCGCACUGCUCGGCAAUCUGCCGCGAGAUGCGAUGAUGGGGUUCGCGCAGCUACCUCUGCCGUACGGACUGCGCGUCAGGUGGAGUCGGUACGUGGUGCGGGAUGACAAGCUGCCCAGCAGUGCCAGUGCCAGUGCCAGUGCCAGUGCCAGUGCCAGUGCCAGUGCCAGUGCGGGUGCGGGUGCGGGUGCGGGUGCGGGUGCCAGCGUCGAGGCUGAUGGAGAUGCGAGAAUGUCGAAAGGGGAUGAGCCACGCGAGACAUCGUCAUCGACAUUGACUGGAUCGCAAGAGACGAACACGCGCGAGACCGAGACGUCCUCCGUCCCGCUACGCACCGGCACCGGCACCGGCACCGGCACUGGCACUGGCACUGCUCACUCGGACGCGGCUACAGCACAAGCCGAGAAGCUCAUCCGAGCUUACAGCAGCCUCGUAGCAGCCUGCAACGCCGCAUUCGAUCCGACCGUCGAGCGCGAAGCAUCGAGGGAGCAGUUGCUGAGCGAGCUGAUCAGUGGCACAGUGGCUGAGCUGCAGUGGAAGAGGAGGUCGACGCAGCAGCAGCAGCGGCGGCGAGGACAGCAGUCUGCUUCUGCGGAUGCUGAUUCGAGCGCAGCAGCGCAUACGCUCGAGGAUGAGAGGGAUCAGCGACGAUCACAAGAACAGUCAAAGUCGAGCACGCUCGUAUGCUCUGCGCUUUGGACCUUUGAAUUGUUAAAAACGGAUGAUGCUGCGCAGCAUUCGACGGAUACGACUGCGCGCAGCACCACCUCCGUUCUCGACGACUUGCACAUCAUCCGUCGAGGCACUUUUCAGCUGUCCGACGUUUACGACCCCGUCGCGCAGGUGCAAACAGCUACAGAAGGCGCGAUGUGUGCGCGUGCGCGUGCGCGUGCGCGUGCGCGGUCCAUCAAGCCUGAAUUGCGCCUGCAGGUGUCUUUGCUCCUCCGGGCGCUGCAGAAGAGAGCAGUGUUUCAGUGGUGCGCCCUGCAGAGUUUCCAAGGAUUGGUACAAGGGAUGGAGCGAGCCAGCAGUGUGGAGCAGGAGGAGGAGGAGGAGGAGACGAAGCUGAAUGAGAGUGCGCGCGGUGCUGCUAAAGAAGAGGUGGAGCGCGAAGAGGGAGAAGAGGAGGCGGAAGAGUCGUCGAACGAGGUCAAAAUGGAUGCUGCUGCUGCUGCGCAAAGCGACCCGCGUUGGAGCAAUGGCUUGGGCACAAGGAGGACGCACACCGCUACGCCAUUUGCCAGCUCCAUCUUGCUCCUCCCCAACGCGCCCGAUCGACAUUCUCUCGGAGCGCCCCACCAACCAAGAGCGCUGGUCUGUCUUCGGCUUCGCAUCGCCUUGACCCCAGACGCCUUCGUGUUGAACGUUCAGCCGACGGCUACCGAUCUGUGCUCCGCGCCCGUACAGGAGCUCAAAAGUGGAGAUGAGGUCAGAUUGCUGCCGCUGGGAACAAAGGCAAAGUUUGUGCAGGUGAGGGGAGCUGAAGGAAUCAAAGAGAGCGUGAGAGAGGGCAUGAGACGCGCUUUGAGAGACUCGGGAGUCUGUAUGAGGGCGGAAGAUUUGCACGCGUGGGUCGUGUGCGAUGGGACGAUCGCGCACGACGUUUCCACAGCGAACGAAGCAUCCCAGCAGCAACGCUUCAUCUAUCCCGCACGACUGGUGCUCCUGCCAAGUCGAGGAUGGGAAAGAGGUUGCGCUGCACCUUUACGCACUCGCAAGCACAAUCUGUACGAAGGACUCAAUCUACCCUUCAGACCCCUGCGGGACGUAGUCAAACUUGCGCAAUGUGCGCUCAGAGAACGAGCCCUGGCGCAGGUGCAGGCGAGUGCAAACGCAAAUGUGGAGCAGGAAAGAACGCCGGCGGGGAGCUUGGAGAGCACGAACACGCCGAAAGAGGGACAGGGUGUGCCUAGACGAACGGCUCGCGCAGAAGCGACGAUGACGCCCUCGGGGGAUGAGCAUGUGGGAGCGAUGAGUACGGGAGCAGAGCAAUCGCAGGACGCGUCGAGCUCAUCAGAGUCCGACAAAGCGCAAGACGCGGACGAUCUGUGGGGUGAGGACGAGCAUGGAUCGAAUUUGCAAGGGAAAGAAACGGCCACGCAUGUGGCCGCCCUCGACGCGGAGCGAUCUGGCCAUCCGAAAGAUGCAAACGUCUCCACAGUGCCGGCCCAUGCUGCCCCUUCCCCACCUUCCUUUCAAUUCGCCGACUUGUCGACUGGCAAUGCCUCGGCUGAAAUGCCACUCUCAGCUUCCGGCAAGAACAAAGAAGAGGAGGCGGAUAUGGCGUACGGAUUGAUCACGGAAGACGACUUUGAUUUCUUCAACGAUGGCAAUGUCGCUGGAGAAGGCGUGGACGUCGUCGAUGCAAGCAUGACGAAUGAUCUCGCCACCGAGACGCGUCCAGUAGAGCAGCGGCCAGCGACCGUGCCAGAUGCGCAGACGCGAGAAAGUUCGAAUCUUGCGCAGAUGAGCAGCAGCAGCAGCAGCACUACAGGCGUCGUUCCUGAUCCGCCUUCUCUCCCUGGCUUUACACCUAGCAGCUUCUUCAGCGCUAGCUCUCCCACCAUGCCCAGCUUGAUCGGCAAGACGCCCAGAACGCCAUUUUCGCCCGGACAGGAAAUGACGGACCAUGUGCAGGUCGUCGGUGAGACUGAAGGAUUUGCCGGUGCGCGGGACGGCGCAGCGCUUGCGGGUGCUGGUGCGCACGAGGAACGUUUGGAAGAGCAAGUAUGGAUAUCUCAGCAGAGCGUGCCGUACUCGCCGAUGGCGGACUCGACGACUCGAAUCCUCUCCCUAGCGGACUCGGCUGCUGCUGCCGCUGCAAAAGGCCUGGCACGACCGGCACGCGGGCUGAGAGAUUUGGGAUCCAAGUACGAUGCUGGCAAGUUUGCUCUGCCCGUCAGCAGGAAGCAUGCACGGAGUGGCAGCGCGGAUGAGGAGAUUGCCUCUGCUUCGGUAAUGGAAGGGCCGGUCGGCUCUAGACGACGAAGAGAUCCCUCGGGCAGCAGAGCUGUGUGGCUCAAGAACGUCAAGGAGUGGAGACCACCCGCGGGCACCGAAGAUGGCCCGACUGUGCGACAUCCUCUUACACUGUCUGCAUUGCACAAAGCGAGGCUGGGUAAUUCGCGCGCUUCCAACGUUUCCGUGGAUAUCGAAGAUGCGUUCAGCGAGCUCGACACGACGGAUGUGAGCGAGGUGGACUCGAUGGAAAGCGAGAGCGCUGAUGAGGAUGAUGCGACGCUGAGGCUGCAAGAAGAAGACGAUGAAAUGAUGGAGCAGUGUUUCGUCAAUAGCAAAAAAGUGCUAGGCUUGGCGCCGGAGCGAAAUGUGCUGUUGGCCAACUGCACAGACGAGCUGAACGACGCUUCCGCUGCGAAUGAUGCCUGCUCCAGAGCUGCCAAUGCUUCAAGCGAAGCGCCUUUCAUGUCCAAUUUUCUCGCCCCACCAACUCCGCCGCCAGACUCUUCAUCCUCUGACACUUCAGACGACGAGACGUUGCCACGACCUGCGGACAGCGAAGCGGAGAGGGAGCGUCUUCUCUUUGAGCUGGCCAAAUGGCUAGCUUACAAUCCGCAGAUGCGGCACGUGAUCCAUCUGAGGACCGAUGCGCAAACGACGCGCAACGCUUCUCCAGCCGAACUGCGAGAUGCCUUUACGGGCAUGAUGGACCUGCUGGGCUCCGCGUCCACCGUGGACUCGAUGUGUGCAAGAGACGGCUUGCACCCAAACGACGUUACGAAUUUGGAGCCGCCGCGCAUAUCGGUGGGAUGUCAGGGAGUCAUCGUCAAGGCGCUCCCCACUGCUCUGCGCUUCUGGCAGAAGUUGAACUUGAGCCCUGCUGGUGGACCAAAACACGUCGCUGCGUUCGUCUUGUACCCUGGAGGCGUGGAACAGAGCAGGGUAGAUGACCUUGGCAGAUGGCUGAAGCAGGUCGGCUCGACGUUUGAACGCAUGGGCUUGGGAACGCAUGAGGCGGAUUCGGAACAUGCCAUCGCUUUUGGUACUUCCCAGGUCGGUCUCGCGUACGCCAUUCACGCUGUCGCGCAAGACGAAGAGACAUGGAGCGAUACGCUCCUCUCGCUCUUCACCACCGUCAAGAGCGCUCUGGUGCGCGGUCGGUACGCUGUCGUUUACCUUGUUGGCCAACCUGGCUGGCCGGUCCCUUGGACCAUCCUGAUCCGACUCCAAGAAGAAUUGCGUUCUCUCGCUCGAAAGACGUUGGGCGUGAUCGGAGCACACAUCACCAUCCGACCUUUGCCUUGGUCGAUCAUGAGCCCUGCUGCGACGACGAGCUGGCCGCUGAAUGGCAUGCUUGCGGCCGAUCUCAGACGCUUCGUGCUGGCCAUAUACGACGAGGUGAGACUAGCUGCAGAUCCUGCUCGUCCUUGUCCUCCAUCACACUUGGGUCCACGAGGUCUUGAAGCAAUCGAGGAUGCGCCUCUUGUGCAGCUUCCUUCUUUUACCCUGUGCGCUCCUUCGAUCGGUGAGGACUCUGCAAGAAGGACAAAAUUCUCCCUCGAGGCUCCAACGGCAGCAACGAACCCCUUGGAGAGAGGAAUGGUGCUCUACGUGGGCUACGACGUCUCUGGCCACACAUUUCGCGACUACUCGAACGAAGUUCAAGGUGCAAAGGGAGCCAGCGUUCUCGUCUCGAUGAUCGACGAACGAGGCAUGGACAGCGAUAUCACGGGCUUCAGGAGCUCGGGUGUGCGCGCUGAUAUUGCAGGCGUGCUCAAAGCUGCUUUGGCUUUCACACGACGCGCAAGCGCCCAAUUUCGACUGGUCAUUUGCAAAUCUGGCCCCAUGACGGCGACCGAGUCAGCAGUCUGGCACGAAGAAAUUUUGGCUCAUCCAGCGCUAGACUUGACCGUCGUCUGCGCCGAUACCUUUUCCUCGCUGAUGAUUGGGAAAUUUGCGAAUAUUGACGUCGUUGGCGGAGGAGCGCUCGCAUUUCUAUCGCACCCUCAAGCUGUGCCUACGCGGAGCGAUUUGCCAUCUCAAGUGCUGCUCGAUGCCUCUUCAUCAGCCUUCAGUAUAUCUCUGGCUGAGCCGGUUCCCGUUGCGUACGAAGACGAAGAGGCAGCCGUGGAGGAGGAGGGCGAAGAAUGCGAUGCGUCGCUCUUCGACGAGCUAGACGCACCCAGCUGCUGGCCUCUGAGCCUCGCAAGCUCCCUCAUCGUGCACGUUCCGCGCGAAUCCCUUCCCUCUUGCUCUUUGGCACCCGUGCGAUCGCGCGAGGCAGCUUCCUAUGCGCGUUCUCGCUCAGACUGUAGAGACUCUCUCCACGUCCAUGGCCCGCCACACGUCUUGUGGCUGCAUCUCGUCGCGGCAUCGCGCGACGAUCGAGCCGAAGAAGGGGGUUCGCACUUGUCCACGUUGCGGGAGCAUCUACAAGACGUUACGCGCGCACUCUUCAACUUGACAGUGCUCGGCAAAGAGCGCUUCGGCUUGGACAACAAUCUGCCGUGGCCCAUCGGCGUACUCUUGGCAGUCAGACCAGGCUUCGAGACGAACCACUUUCCACGGUAAGCACAUCGCCAUGCCCC